AUGAAUACAUAUAUACAUAUAACCAUUCUCUGUAUCGUGUCGUGCGGUGCUUCACUCGACCUCAAGGUUGAAUUCUUCUUUCACAACGUGCCGUCUUCUCUCAAAAACCUAUCUGCUUUCGCGCCAGACGACCCUCGGAGGCCCCUCGGAGGCAUCUUCCACACCCAGAACGCCGCAAACGCCCCGAUAUCUCUCUUUUCUCACUUUGAUAUUUAUCUCGCCACCUAUCGAUCCCCCCUCCUGUACGAGUACGCUUCUCCAGCACUGGUCUCUGUUUCAAUAUCAGUCCUGGGGCUCAAGAUCGCGAAGAAAAAACGCCGAAAGACGACGACUGGAACGCAGAGGUCGGACCAUGGCGCGGAUUUACAGAGAUUUCAUGCUGACAAUUUCGAGGCGCGUAUAGUGAACAUUUGCUUGUUUGAGUCAAUGCCCGCCCUGUCCGCGGUCGCUUCAAUAUACCCUCCUCAACGAGUACGACGGCCGAGCCUCUUCGUGGUCAAGCCAACUAGCGUGAUACCUCUUCUUUUCUGCUCCGGGCCCCUGAUCAUUAUCAUCUCCGUCAACACGUCCGUACGUCCUUCUCCUACCCGCACGUCUGAUUAUUUGAAGCUUAUCGGACGUACGCCAUUAGCCUCAAGAGGUGAAGUGCGAUUGGUCUUGGUGCUCGGGAGUUUCCGCGAGGUCGAAGUGUCGGGUAGGGUGAUAAGAGAGGACAGCUCACGGCGCCAUGUAUUUGGUACUUCAAACAGAGGUCUUGUCGAAAGAGAGAAAGAAGAAUAUUACCAAUUGCGUCACAUAGUCUCCUUGCUGCCGAAGGCUUUGUGGGUCCACCCAUCAACACAGUUUGACACUUUGUUCUCACCACGAGAGGAACGUUGGGGAGGCAGUGCCGCCAUCGAUGUCUCGCCGAAUCUCCACUUCCACUUCCACUUCCACUACCACAGGAAACGACAUCGGAUAACAUCGCACCGGUCGUCCAAAGAUAUGCUCGACAACAGCCAGAACGUUCUCGUUACGGGUGGGACAUUCACACACGUUGAACAUCGGGGUACGCCACCGUUCUUUCAAUUGCACUAUGCGAUGGCGGACGGCGCCAUGCAUGACUCUGGCGAACGUUUCGAUCCGCCCAAGUGUUACCCAGGCACUCGAGAGCUUGUUCUCAAGCAACUGCUCGAUUGGAUCAUCAAACACGAUCGCGAAACUUUCAUGCAUUGGGUCUACGGUCCUGUCGGAGCUGGGAAGUCGGCGAUCCUUCAGGAGAUCGCCGAGAAGUGCUCCAAAAUGAGGCUGCUCGUCGCAAGUUUCUUCUUCUCGCGUACGGCGGCGCUGCGCAACGACGAGAAACGCCUCGCUGCCACCAUCGCGUACCAACUCGGACAGUCGAUACCCGAAGCAAGUCCAUACAUUGAGAAAGCGAUCCAGCACGAUCCAGCAGUUUUCUCGAAAUCUCUCCCAUCCCAAAUUCAAAGUCUAGUCAUCACGCCUCUCAAUCUAGCAUUCUCAGCUGCUGGCGAGGAGUCGGCGUCUUGGCCCCACCUCAUCCUGAUUGACGGUCUGGACGAAUGCAGCACCAGCAUGGUCCAGCAAAGCAUCCUAACCUGUCUCGUGGAAAGCGCCCCCAAUUGCGAAUUUCCUAUCGCAUUCCUGAUUUCGAGCCGUCCCGAGACAUCCAUCGUUGUGACAUUCAAUCAGGUUCCUUUCAAGUCCGUUACGAAAACAGCGCUAGACAAAGAUUACCGACCUCAGGAAGAUAUCCGGAGAUUUCUCGAAGGAACCUUCAAGGGAAUCAAGGAAAACCAUCCUCUCCGCCUUUACCUCCCUCAUGAUUGGCCCCCAGCCAACGUGAUUACAACUCUCGUUCAAAAAUCAUCCGGUCAAUUCCUCUACGCGGCAACUGUUGCAAGAUAUAUCUUCCCUCCAGAUUUCAUCCUGCUCAGCGCCUCGAUAUUAUGCUCGGAGUGUCAGGCGCAACUAGAUCUGUCAUUGCGCAUUCUCGCUCUCUUAGUCUUUCCGGAGCAUGACACAAUUUGGACGCCUAAAAAGAUCGACGAGUUUCUGGCGCUACCAUUCCCUGGUUCCGCUCAGCAGAUCGUCGAUCGACUGGCAUCUGUGAUGAAGCUUAGGCCUACUUCCAGUAUACAGCUCCUGCAUGCGUCAUUAGCUGACUUUCUAUUUGACGAGGGUCGUGCUGGAAUGUUUCAUAUCAAAAUCCCAAUUGAAGGUGCAUAUUUUGCGAGGUUGUGCCUUAAACAUUUCGUUUCGGGAAGCAGUCAUGCGCUGUUCGAGGACAUCAGCGGGGAGAUUCUUGGCUAUUGUAGGAAUGCUGCGCCGACGACGGAGUUCCUAUCGGACCUGGUGCAGCUAGAUCUCGAAUCCAUAGCACGAAGCAAAUGGAGACGAGUAAGGGCAGUGGAAAAAGCCAACGUCCACGACAAUUUGGCCAAGCUCCUACAAUUGGUCGCAACCGAAUUGGGCAAUAAGGCACUUACUACUGAUGACAUCGAUAGCAGCCCUGUUUCGCCCGCGGGGCUCAAGGCGAGGGAAGCCAUAGCCACAUACCUUUCACGAUGCAGUUUAUUUCAUGUAGAGCUCGAGAAAAGAAUUGCUGUGGACGAUGGGGUUGUCAACAAGGAAUCGCUCCUCGUCAACAACGGCAGCGAGCAGGAUGAGAUCAUGGGCAAAAAUGAAGACCCAGAAACGCGUCCAAAUCAAGCAAUGUCUUCCGAUGAAGAGACUUCCAUGGUGUCAAAACCACUGAUGUGCAAGACCUCGAGCAGAGAGUCCCAAACUGACGACGACAACAACCAAGAGAAAGAGGAAUGCCGACACGCUGACGAUCGAAGUUUUGAGGCCCAGAGGUCUUCGAGCGUCGGCGACUCCGAUUCCACCAAAUCACACAAUGCUCCGCUCGUCGCCAUCUUUCCUCCUACCAACAAGCCCACUUCUUCUCGACUCUCGAGCGAAGGAACCAAGGGUCUCCAAGCUCGCUCCUUCUUGAGCAAAGGAGUAAAAGAGCCCAAGUGCACUGACCUAAUCCAUUAUGUCUACCUCGCACUCAUCGAAUCCAACCCACUGGCAACCCACCUCGUGUUCUUAAGAUCUACCAAACGCGACCGCACGCGUCAUCGUCUCACCCUCCUGAAAGACAAUACUUAUUCGCUGUAG